CUUUUUAAAAGUAGUAGUAGUAAACUAUCAUGUGUUCGCUUUAAAUGUCAAGUUCUCUAUAUACAAAUAAAACUUCUCGAAAUUUUUAAAAAUUGUUUUUAAGAUCAAAAAUGUCUCAUGAUCCGCAGAAGCCCGACAAACAGCCAAAAAAGGAGCCUCCAGUUUUGACUGCAGAAACCAUCACCAUGGAUAAAUGUAUCGCCGACUUUUGCCUGAAGGGUGGAAGUGGUUUGAUUAUUGGCAGCGUUUUCACCUUGUUCUUCACGCGACCACAAACAUAUCCGAUUUGGCUGGGGAUGGGCUUUGGAAUGGGUGUAGCCUACGACUGUUGCCAGGCCCGUUGGAAUCAACAAUAAUAUUCAAAUGAUCUAAGCUUUAAUAAACGUAGGACUUGUUAAAAAACUUGUAAAAAUCAAUUCUGGAAACAUUUGGGGACUUAUCAUUUCAGAAUUGUUCCGCAAAUAAAUUUAUCUUUGAAAAAAUGAUUUCAAAACUAAUCGAUUUCAACAUUUCGAUAAAUAAAAUUUCAAAAAUGUCCUAUUUUUUCUUUAUUCAAAUCGGUUAUCAGGGCAAUAAAAUAAUUAAACUUUUUAAUUACUAAUGUGUUUUUAGAAACAUUUUUCUCAAUCUCAUUAUUACUUUUUUGAACAAGUUACAAAAAACUUGAAGUACCUAAAUAGAAAAACUUGAUUAGUAGAAAUUAUAAUGAUUACUUAACCCUAUAAGAAAAGGUAUUAUUUAAAAGGCACUACCGACAUUGAUUUUCUCAAAAAUUAAGUGUUUUAAAAUCUUUUUGCAAAGAAACCUCUCCGAUUCGGCGAGAAAUCAGUCUUUGGCCAUUGAAA